AUGCUGCUACGGCAGUCAAACGGUGUGCGCUGUUCUGGUCCAAAGUGCAAGCACCACCUUCGCCUUCUGCCACCUCGACUUGUGCCGCCCGAGUCCUCCCGCCUUGUGCCACCGACGCCUGCAGUCAAGAUCGCCCUGCCUCCCGCCUGUCUUUCCGCUCGCCCCCCGGCCCCAAAGCUGCAGGUCACGACCACGACCACGGUUGUGGGCCGUGCCCCGUUCGGCGUCACCAAUCAAGCUCAUGGGGUCGAGUCUGCUCACGUCAGGUCCACCAUAGCGCAGUUCGUGAGCUCGACAGGGAAGGCAGAGGCAUGGGUGGGUGUCCACGUUCAUGACGACACAAAACAAGGCCGGCUCUCCAUUCCUCAAGUCUCUGCUAUCCCUUAUGGGCCGUCCAGCGCGCUUCUCUCCGCAGUAAAGCGUAGAGACGCGUCUGUCUACGCACUCUUCGGCGGUCAAGGGACCAACGAGGUCUACUUCGACGAGCUCCAGACUCUCUACGACAUCUACAAGCCCUACGUCUCACAAUUCCUGACGAAUGUUACCCGCGAUAUCUUGAUUCCCCUCGUCGAGGAAUCUGAGGAGGACACCUACUACACGCAUGGCCUUGACGUAAUUUCAUGGCUGACAGGCGCAUCACCGCGCCCCCCUGUCUCCUACCUCGCCACCAUCCCCAUCUCAUUCCCUCUCAUUGGCCUUACGCAGCUCACGCAGUAUCUGGUCGUAUGCCGAGUCACUCAGUCCACCCCUGGCGACCUCCUCUCUCGUCUCCAAGGGUCUACCGGUCACUCUCAGGGUCUCGUCUCGGCGCUCUGCAUUGCGGCGUCGAUGACCAGCGAGUCGUUCUUCGAGAACGCAUUGAAGGCCCUCAAGUGGCUCUUCUACUCCGGCCUGCGCGGCCAGAAAGCGUUUCCUGUCCUUGCACUCGAGCCGACCAUUGUGCAAGACUCAGUAGAGGGCAGCGAGGGCGCCCCCAGCCCUAUGUUUGUUUGUGUCGUCACCAGCCCCUCGCGUGCGCUGUACGGUCUCGUCACCCACCUCCGGAAGGUCCGCGCACCCAGCGGGCUCGACCAGAGCAAGACUCCCUUCUCGCAACGCAAGCCGGUCUUUUCGGUGCGCUUCCUCGUGGUUGGCGUCCCCUAUCACAGCAAGUACCUCGCAGAUGUUGCGGAUGAGGUCAUGGAUGGCCUCGAGGGCAAGGAGUUGUGGUCCAAGGAGGACCUCGCGAUCCCUGUGUACCACACAGAGAACGGCUCCGACCUCCGAUCAUCAAAGGCGACCGACUUCCCCGAGACCGCUACACAUGCGGUCGACUUCGGUCCUGGUGGUUUGAGCGGAAUCGGUCCUUUGACUUCGCGGAACCUCGAGGGCCGCUGUGUGCGCGUCGUCAUUGUGGGCGACAGGUCUAAGGGUCCUGCGGAGCUCUACGACGCGCAGAACAUCAAGACCGAGCAAUGGUGGGCGAAGAAGUUCUCCCCGUCUGGUGAAGACCAGAUCGACAUGCCAUUCUCUCGCCUGCUCGGCAAGCCCCCAAUCAUGGUCGCCCGUAUGACGCCGACCACCGUGAAGGCAGGCUUCGUGAGCGCCGUCCUCGACGCGGGUUACCACGUUGAGCUUGCGGGCGGCGGACACUACAGGGCCGCCGCACUUCGCGAGAAGGUGGCGGAGAUCCAGAGCAAGACACAUGCGGGUGUCGGUAUCACGCUGAUCGCACUCUUCAUCAACCCGCGCCAAUUUGGCUUCCAGUUCCUGUUGUGGCAGGAGAUGCACCGCGAGGGUCUCCCAAUCGAGGGCUUCUGCGUUGCAGCAGCCGGUAUCCCCAGCACGGAGAAGGCGGCUGAGAUCAUUGACGCGCUCCGCGCUGCUGGCAUCAAGCACGUCUUGUUCAAGCCCGGCUCCGUCGACGGCAUCUGCCAGGUCGUGAACAUCGCGGCCGCCAACCCCGACUUCCCCAUCAUCAUGCAGUGGACCGGUGGUCGUGCGGGAGGUCACCACUCGUGCGAGGACUUCCACCAGCCUAUCCUCUCGACGUACGGCUCCAUCCGCCAGCACUCGAACCUCCUGCUCGUCGGAGGCUCUGGCUUCGGCGGUGCCGAUGAUGUAUGGCCGUACCUCACCGGUGACUGGUCUGUUGAGGCUUUCGGUGCUCAGCCGAUGCCUUUCGACGGUUUCCUGUUCGCCAGCCGCGUCAUGGUUGCGAAGGAGGCCCACACCAGCUCGUCUGUCAAGGACCUCAUCGUCGCCGCGUCCGGCGUCGACGACUCGAAGUGGGAGGGCACCUACUCGAAGAAGACCGGUGGCAUCCUCACCGUCCGCUCGGAGCUCGGCGAGCCCAUCCGCGAGAUCGCGACGCGUGCCGUCAAGCUCUGGAAGGAGUUCGACGAUACCAUCUUCAAGCUGCCCAAGGAGAAGCGCACGACGUGGCUCAACGAGCACCGUGCGGAGGUCAUCGCGGAGCUCAACAAGGACUUCGCGAAGCCGUGGUUUGGGUGGAAGGACGACUCCGUUGUCGAGGACAUCGCGGACAUGACCUACGAGGAGGUCGUCCUGCGCAUGGUGCGCUUGAUCGCUGGAUCGACACGUCGCUCCGGAACCCGGAACCUCACCGGGGACUGGCUGCGCCAUGUUGAGGAGUGCUUCGCUGGCAUCAACGGCGGCCAGAAGCCGUCAAUCCUUCAGUCUUACACGUCGCUCGACAGGCCCCAGGCGUUCAUCGAGAAGUUCUUCAAGACGUACCCGGCCGCAACGGAGCAGCUCCUUGCGUCCGAGGACAAGGCCUACUUCCUUGCCAUCCUGCAGCGCCCCAGUCAGAAACCCGCACCUUCAUCCCCAAGCUCGAUGCAAGCCUUGAGGUCUGGUUCAAGAAGGUAUGACUCCCUCUGGGCUGCUGAGGACAUCGACGCUGUCUUCGACCAGGACCCCCAGCGUGUGUGCAUCCUCCAGGGCCCUGUUGCCGUGAAGCACGCGAAGGUCAAGGACGAGCCUAUCAAGGAGAUGCUCGGAAACAUCACCUCGAUCUUCAUUGACAAGCUCGUCGACCGCUUCUACGCCGGCGACAAGUCGAAGAUUCCGACAGCCGAGUACCUCGCUCCGGCACCUCGCGCUCUCCCCGCUGUGAUUGCCUCCGCCGUCGCUGGCAACACCGCGACUUACGUCAUGGGUCAGUCCACCCCGGAGACUUUGGUGCGGCUCGAGACCCUCGUGGGCCCCAAGCUCAGCUGGGCACGUGCGCUACUCACGUCCACGACCAUCGUGCAGGGCACGGCGUACGUUGACAACCACAUGCGUCGUCUCUUCGCUCCCCACUGGAGCAGAAGGAGCGCCCGCGUCCCUCUCCACGUUGUCUACAAGCCCGCCAUGGGCUACGUGCCCAUUCACAAGGUCGCCGAUGACUGCCACACGCGCAUCAAGGCCUUCUACGGUGACGACGAGGUGCUCCCCGAGGUCGACCUCCGCAACAGAAAUAGUGAUUUUGACCUUAACCUCUACGCAGGACACGCCGUGGCUGACACGGCGCGUGCACACGAUCUGUGA